AUGAGUACAUUGCCAUUUGAAACAUUCAUUAAAAAUGAUGCUCUUGAGAAGUUGGAAUUUAUUUCACUUCCGCAACUAUCUAUGUGGAGUUCUCAUGACAAACAAUUAAAGAAAGAAAAAAAACCAAAAUUUCUUUGCAAGUUGCAACGUCAACAAAAUGACUUAAAAUGCAUUUGUCUAAAGCAUCAGCUGAAUGUUUAA